CGAGAGGCGCCCAUCAUGGAACCAAAAUCCCAGCCUGGUACUUUGAUAAAAUGACAGGCACUUGGAAAGAAGAUGGCAUCGGUAAGUUGAAGAAUAAGGCCGGAGAACUGGUGUGGAGCUUCCAGGCCCGCCAUUUCACAUGGUGGAGCGCCAUCCAACCCUGGCCAGAGACAUCCUGUCUGAUCAUCAAGACGUGCUACGAGAAGAACUGCAAACGGGUCGCCAGUUUCGUCCCUGUCGAGGUUCAUGGCGUCGAUUUCUCCUACAUCUCGACGAGUGUGACCAGCGGGGAGGGGCAAACCUGCACCCAUUUUAAGAUGGGCGGUCAGGUCAGGGUUUCAUCGCCCUGUUCUAAGAAACCAAAGUUCAGGAUUGGCGAACUCGGUGGUACCACGUACUGUCCAGAAAAUACUCAGGUGUUGAGGCCGCAAGACCAGACCGAGACUGGGCGAUGCGAACAGGUUGUCAUCGUAGUCAGAGAGGACUGGACGAUGCGCUGUAGCGAGCCGGACAUUCACACAAAGGCCGACUCCACACAGUUCGGGAUGGGUAGCACCACGUUCUUCCAGUGCCUUGGGGGAUACAACCUGGUUGGUCAGCCGCAGAGGGCGUGCCUAGCCUGUGGGAAGUGGAGCGGACCUGACCCGAUCUGCACGCGCUGAAUGAAAACAAUUGUGUAAGAUAUGAGAACAAACUGAGACGUCGAAUGUAUCACUCUUUUUUUCCUGAGGCAAUGAAUCCUUAGGGUCAAAACAUGUAACCAAUUCAGUUCAAUUCGAUUCGAUUCAGUUCAAUUAAAUUCAAUUUACUUCGCUUCAAAUCAAUUUUAUUCAAGGAGAAAAGAGUGACAAUCAAACAGAUCAAAUUUAAACCUUGCCUGAUUGUAAACUACCGACAGCUGAUUACUUAACAGAAGUAUUACUUUUUUCCUGUGGUGUUCGUGAUGAAGCUUAUGUAUUGUGUAGAAGUUCGUAAUUAAAGUAGAUAAUGCAUGCUUUAAAUAAUUGUUGAAUGUCAAGCAAUGAAACUUUAGGGUCAAAACAUG